AUGAGGACCGCAAGAUUGGAAAUUGGCUCUCUUUGGCUGCUGUUUGUGGGUAGCCUUGUGGUGGUUUCGUGCCCUUUUGUUGGUGGCACGAACGGUCAUGGUGAAGAUGCCAUGUCCAUAGCGACCAAGUACUUGCGUGGGUGGACAACACCAAAGGAACGAGGCUUGACACUGCCACAUUGGUUUUGUUCUUUUUUUGACGACUCUGCCCCCGAGCACCGUUGCGACAAUAAUACAAAUGGUUUUAAUGUGAGCUGUCCACUGGUAGAACCAUUGAGCAAUCAAUCCACUGACUUUGAUCUGGAACGAUUCAUCGAACGGUCUUGGUUUGUACAAAAGCAACAAAUCAAUGGCUUUCAGCCAUUUGUAGAAGAAAAUUUCUUCUGUCUCGUCCAUACCUGGCUGAAUCGUACAGAAGAUGAAUACUAUGAUUAUGUGCAUUUUGGAACUGUUGGUAGCAUUGAUGGACCACAACAGGAGUGGGAUGUUGGUUUUGAUGGAUUACCCCCAGCAUUGUCAGCUUGGUGUUCUGGACAAGAUGAACAUGGUGGAGGGUAUUUACGGAUUUCUCCCUGCAUCUUGCGAACUCUCCUGGUGAGAGUCGGCAUCCCACUCUGGGUUUUGGCUGUUGCUGCAGAUUACUCCUGGGCUAUUAUCAGUGGAGGGGAACCUGAAACUGUUCGACAAGUCGACCCACCUCUGUGUACCACAAGACUUGAUGUUCUCCCGGAUGCCAUAGGAGAUACCAGUGGAACAGGGCUUUGGCUCAUGACCCGGGAAAGAAUUGCCAGCAAUGAUACUCUUGCAGAAAUGGAACAACUAUUGUUGGAUAUGGGCAUCUACACAGGGGAUCUCUUCCCUGUGGUACAGGAGGGUUGUACGUACGAAGGAACAACUCUGGUAGAAUGA